GCCGCGGCCCGCGCCGGCCGCCCGCCGCCAAACUUUGCGGCGCGCACACAUGCUCCAAGUUGGGCGCGGCGGCGGGCGCUAGGCGGGCGGCCAUGAGCGGGCGGCCGGCGCCGCUCUCCCGCAAGCAGCGGCUCAUGGCAGCCGUGGGCGAGCGGGCGGCGGGCGGCGGCGCGGCGCUCUCCUGCUUCAUCUGCGGCGGCGGCAUCGGGCGCGGCAAGGAGCUGAAGCUGCAGGUGAAGGAGCCGGCGGCGGCGGGCGCGGGGGCCCCGGCGCAGCCCUUCUUCCCGUUCCUGCAGCAGCAGGAGCCGGCGCCCGGCGCGCGCGAGCUGUCGCCGGCCGACGGCUGCGUGCUGGUGUGCGCCGUGUGCCGCUGCUUCCUGGGCGAGCAGUGGGCCGCCUUCGAGCGCGCGCGCACGCCGGUGGACAAGCGCAUGUACUGGCUCAAGCGGCCCCACCAGUGCGACGCGGGCGCCGGAGGGCGCCGCGGGGGCGCCGGGGCCCCCCGCGAGUGGAACGUCGCCUAUGCGCUGGGCAGCGCCGCCGGGGACGAGGACGACGACGGCGGCGGCCCGGGGCCCCGCGCGGCCGCCGAGGACACUCGAGACUCCGAGCUGUCGGAGCUGUCGGACACCGACCCCCUGUCGGAGCCCGACCCGGCCGCGCGCGACGCCAGCAGCCCUCUGCAGGACGCGCCGCCUGCUCCGCGGGCCAUGCUGGGACCCGGGCCCCGCGGGGGCCGCUGCCAGGAGUGGAGGCCGGCGCCGGGACCCCCUCCGGGACAGGGCGUAGAGCCCCUGGCGCAGGGCGAUGUGGAGGAGGGGGUCUCCUCGAAGCUCCACGCUGACGUGGAGCCCAAGACUGGAGUCAGGCGCCGGCGAAAGGGCGUUGGAAGGCACUGGGUUCCCGAGCCCCGGGCCAGCGUCCUGAGGGGCAUUCAAGACCUUUGGCAAAGCCCUCCGGGCCAGGCAGCCCCUACAGAUGGCAUGAAAGAAACUCACUCUGUCAAGGCCACCAAGCCCCAGGAGAGCAGGGCCCCUGGGGACUCUCUCCGGGGUUACUGCACAUCUGAGGACAGUGACAUCAACAUCACCAGUGAAGAAGAGGAACACAAGGAGCAGCCGGUCCCGGACCCCUGUGGCCCCAGAGAGAAGGGCAGCGGUGGUGGUGUCCCUCGGACUCUCCCGGAGAGCCAGGCUGUGCCACCAGAGGGCCUGUGCUGCUACGUCUGCGGGUCAGUUCUGUCCCCCGCCUCCCAGCACCAGGUCCACGUGCAGAAGCAGGAGAAGCUGGCCCAGGCGCCCUUCUUCCCCUUCCUCUGGCUGCACAGCCCGCCCCCAGGGGCGCAGCCCAUCAGCGAGGCGGGCAGCACCCUGGUCUGCUCCUGUUGCUUCUCCUCCCUCAUGCAGCAGUGGCAGAGCUUCGAGCUGGCCAGCGUGCCCGUCCUGCAGCGACUCUAUGUGGUGCCCCUGAACAGCCACGCCCCCGGCAUGGCCUCCAAGGGCAGGAGGCUCCCCAGGGAGGAGGCCCCCCCCACCAGGACCCUGCAGGAGGCCUGUUACCUCUGCGGGGAGGACUGCACCCAGGAUGCCCGGGCAGUGCCCUCCCGGGCCCUCAACGGCAGCGCCAGGAGCACCAUGCAUUUCCCCUUCCUCAGCCUCCUGCCCUGCCCACCCAAUGCCCGGGCCCCCAACAAGCGCUGCGAGGUCCGCAGCUGCCCCAAAUGCUUCAGCGUCCUGGAGGACGUCUGGGCCCUGUACCGGGCCUGCCAGAACCAGGAGCUCAUCACCUCUGUGCAGGGCUUCCUGGGCAGGUACCACCAGGCCUUCUCCGCCUCCGACCCUGCCCUCUGCGAGCCGCCCGCCUCUGCCCCAGGUACCGCGGCAUCCGUCUGCUACAUCUGCGGGGCGGAGCUGGGCCCCGGGAAGGAAUUCCAGCUCAACGUGAACCCCGCCAGCCGCCUGGGCGAGAAGGAGCCCUUCUUCCCCUUCCUCACUGUCUACCCGCCUGCCCCACGGGCAAGGCCAGCGGACUCCACCGGCCUGGUGGCCGCCUGUGUGCUCUGCUACCACGACCUGCUGGGCCAGUGGCUGCAGCACGAGGCCCGUGGGGCGCACCACGCCGUCAGCGCCUGGGCCCGGCAGUACCAGGUGGAGACCUUCGUGUGCUUCUUCUGCCAGCAGGAGAAGAAACGGCGUCUGGGGCUGCGGUCCGUGCGGGUGGCCCGGCUGCCCCUGUUCCUCUACACCCUGCGAGCCAGCCACAGCCUGCUGGUGGACGACGGGCGGCAGCUGAUCAUCGGGGCCUGCGUGGAAUGUGGGACCCUGGUGUGCGCGGGCCAAGGGCUCACCCGCCAGGGGCCUGGGGGCUGGGGCUCCCCAGUGGCGGCAGUGACGAAGGUCACCUCUGCAUCUCUGGAGGCAUCUGCAGCUGUCCACCCUCCUGCCCGUGAGCCGGAGUCACGGCCAGGCCCCUGCCAGGAGAGCCUUCCCCCCGGCCCCAGGACCACCCAAGAGCUGAGGCCACCACAGUGCCAGCAGAGUGGCCGGGACGGGGACAGACUAGACCUCACGGGCACAGGCAUGAGCCAUGAGCCCAAGUCCCCUUCACUAGGGAUGCUUUCCACCGCGACCAGGACCACCGCCACCGUCAACCCCCUCACCCCCUCACCACUCAAUGGCGCCCUGGUGCCCAGCGGCAGCCCGGCCACCAGCAGCACGCUGUCGGCCCAGGCUGCGCCGUCCUCCAGCUUUGCCGCCGCGCUGCGCAAGCUCGCCAAACAGGCGGAGGAGCCCAGAGGGUCAUCACUGAGCACCGAGUCGUCCCCCGUGUCCUCUCCGGCCACCAACCACAGCUCCCCCGCCAGCACACCCAAGCGUGUACCCAUGGGUCCCAUUAUCGUCCCUCCAGGGGGCCACAGCGUCCCCAGCACACCUCCCGUGGUGACCAUCGCCCCAACCAAGACUGUCAACGGAGUGUGGAGGAGCGAGAGCCGCCCUGACGCCGGCUCGAGGGGCAGCACCAGUGGUCGGGAGCGCCUCAUCGUGGAGCCGCCGCUGCCCCAGGAGAAGGCCGGGGGCCCCGCCCUCACGUCGCACCUGCUCAGCACCCCCUACCCCUUCGGCCUCUCACCCAGCUCCGUGGUGCAGGACUCACGCUUCCCACCACUCAACCUGCAGCGGCCCGUGCACCACGUGGUGCCACCUAGCACAGUGACGGAGGACUACCUGAGAAGCUUCCGGCCCUACCACACCGCGGAGGAUCUGCGCAUGUCCUCCCUGCCCCCGCUCAGCCUGGACCCGGCCACUGCCUACUACCACCCCAGCUACCUGGCCCCGCACCCCUUCCCCCACCCGGCCUUCAGGUGGCAGCCCCGAGCCUGGCCCACAGGCCUGUCGUCACAAGUGGACGGCCCUCAGGCACCACCUGGCCCAGCGGCAGUGUUGACCCAGGACUCCCUUCUCUGCAGGAUGGAGGACUCCUAUUGCCUGUCGGCCCUGAGGUCCCCGUUCUACCCCAUCCCCGCCCCCAGCUCCCUGCCCCCCCUGCACCCAUCGGCUGUGCACCUGCACCUCUCGGGGGUCCGCUACCCCCCCGAGCUCGCCCACUCGUCCCUUGCGGCACUGCACUCGGAGCGAAUGUCCAGCCUCAGCGCAGAGAGGCUACAGAUGGACGAGGAGCUGCGUCGGGAGCGAGAGCGGGAGCGGGAGCGGGAGGCCGACCGGGAGCGGGAGAAGGAGCGCGAGCGGGAGCGGGAGAAGGAGCGUGAGCGGGAGAAGGAGCUGGAGCGGGAGCGGGAGAAGGAGCGCGAGCGGGAGCUGGAGCGCCAGCGGGAGCAGCGUGCCCGGGAGAAGGAGCUGCUGGCCGCCAAGGCGCUGGAGCCGGCCUUCCUGCCUGUGACCGAGCUGCACGCACUGCGUGGCCACGCCCCCGAGGAGCGCGCCAAGCCCUCGGAGCAGCUGACCCCCACUCGCGCAGAGAAGCUGAAGGACGUGGGCCUGCAGGCGCCCAAGCCCGUGCAGCACCCCUUGCACCCAGUCCCCGCCCCGCACCACUCUGUACCCAGCCUCAUCUCCAACCACGGCAUCUUCUCCCUGCCGGGCAGCAGUGCCGCCACCGCCCUGCUGAUCCAGCGCACCAACGAGGAGGAGAAGUGGCUGGCGCGGCAGCGGCGGCUGCGGCAGGAGAAGGAAGACCGGCAGUCGCAGGUGUCCGAGUUCCGGCAGCAGGUGCUGGAGCAGCACCUGGACAUGGGCCGGCCCCCGGUGCCCCCAGAGGCAGAGCACCGGCCCGACAGCAGCAGGCCAGGACCAAACCGUCAUGAGCAGGGCAGCCGCGACCCUCCACAGCACUUUGGGGGGCCACCACCUCUCAUCUCACCGAAGCCUCAGCACCACACUGUGCCCACGGCCCUCUGGAACCCAGUGUCCAUGAUGGACACCACCUUGGAGACACGGCGGGCUGAGAGCCACUCUCUGCACAGCCACCCAGCUGCAUUUGAGCCCAGCCGCCAGGCUGCUGUGCCGCUGGUGAAGGUGGAGCGUGUCUACUGCCCGGAGAAGGCCGAGGAGCCCCGGAAGCGGGAGUCUGCCCCACUGGACAAGUACCAGCCCCCGCCGAGGGAGGCAGGAAGCCUAGAGCCCCAGGCCUUCCCCCACGGGCCCGGGCCCUUUCUCACCGAACUUGAGAAGUCUACGCAGACCAUUCUGGGUCAGCAGCGAGCCUCCCUCCCCCAGGCAGCCUCUUUCGGGGAGAUGAGUGGGCCCCUCAAGCCUGGUUCACCUUACCGGCACCCAACACCCAGGGGCCCUGAUCCUGCCUACAUCUACGAUGAGUUCCUACAGCAGCGCCGGAGGCUGGUCAGCAAGCUGGACCUGGAGGAGCGCCGGCGGCGAGAGGCACAGGAGAAAGGGUACUACUACGACCUUGAUGAGUCCUACGACGAGAGUGAUGAGGAGGAGGUCAGGGCCCACCUCCGCUGCGUGGCCGAGCAGCCGCCUCUCAAACUGGACACGUCCUCAGAGAAGCUAGAGUUUUUGCAACUUUUUGGCUUGACCACCCAACAGCAGAAGGAGGAACUGGUGGCCCAGAAGCGGAGGAAGCGGCGACGGAUGCUGAGAGAGAGGAGCCCCUCGCCCCCCGUGAUUCAGAGUAAGCGGCAGACGCCUUCGCCGAGACUGGCACUGUCUACCCGCUACAGCCCCGACGAGAUGAACAACAGUCCCAACUUCGAGGAGAAGAGGAAGUUCCUGACCAUCUUCAACCUGACCCACAUCAGUGCUGAGAAGAGGAAAGACAAAGAGAGACUUGUUGAAAUGCUCCGUGCCGUGAAGCAGAGGGCACUAUCAACAGCAGUGGCAGACUCGACAAACUCUCCGAGGGACAGUCCUGCCGUCUCCCUGAGCGAACCAGCCACACAGCCAGCUUCUCUGGAGACGGAUAAGCCUGUUGGGGUCGCUGGCUCCUUGUCUGAGAUCCCAAAGGCCACAGAGACUGGGAGACUGGAACAGCUCCGGCCCCAAGAGCUAUCGAGAGUCCAGGAGCCAGCUCCUACCAGCGGUGAGAAGGCCAGGCUGAGCGAGGCCCCUGGGGGCAAGAAGAACCUGAGCAUGCUUCAUUACAUCCGGGGUGCUGCACCCAAGGACAUCCCUGUGCCGUUGUCCCACAGCAUCAACGGGAAGAGCAAGCCGUGGGAGCCCUUCAUGGCAGAAGAGUUUGCGCAUCAGUUCCAUGAGUCCGUGCUGCAGUCCACCCAGAAGGCCCUGCAGAAGCAUAAAGGGAGUGUGGCUGUGCUGUCUGCAGAGCAGAACCACAAGAUUGACACAUCCGUCCACUACAACAUUCCUGAGCUGCAGUCCUCCAGUCGGGUCCCCCUGCCCCAGCAUAACGGGCAACAGGAGCUCCCAGCUGGGAGGAAGGGCCCUCCCACACAGGAGAUGGACCCAGACUCGGAGGAGGAGGAGGAGGAAGAGGAGGAGGGUGAGGAGGACAGUGAAGAGGAGGAGGAGGCGGCCCCCAGGCGCAAGUGGCAAGGGAUCGAGGCAAUUUUUGAAGCUUACCAGGAACAUGUGGAAGAGCAAAACCUGGAGCGGCAGGUGUUACAGACACAGUGCCGGCGGCUGGAGGCACAGCACUACAGCCUCAGUCUGGCAGCAGAGCAGCUUUCCCACAGCAUGGCGGAGUUGAGGAGCCAGAAGCAGAAGAUUGUCUCAGAGAGGGAGCGGCUCCAGGCAGAACUGGACCACUUACGGAAGUGCCUUGCCUUGCCCGCCAUGCACUGGCCCAGGGGCUACUUUAAGGGAUAUCCGAGGUGACGGUUUCCCUUGCACUAGGCCGAACCUAUAGUAUAGAAAAUUAUCUAUUUUAUUACCUUGAAUAUUUAAUAUUUUUCACUGGGAGGUUUGAAGCUUAAAAAAUGAGAAUGUGCCAUGCAUGAAGCAAAGGAUUCCAGGCUCCAGACGACAGUGAACCAACUCACCUUGACUUCAAUGCAGUUGAACCACCUCUUGUCACUCAGCGAGCAACCACUGUAGGACGCCCAUGGUUUUUCUUUCUAAAGGCGGUUUACUCCUCCUUCCCUGUCAUUCUUUUUUUAAUCUGGAAAUGAAGGCUCCAUUACCAACACUAAAACAAUAUCAUUUAUCGCCCCGGUGCGUGUGAUCAGAUCAGACCCAGCCGGUCGUUUCUCGCGUUGCCAUGUUACUGUGCCGCGAGAACUGGGUUUGCUCUUGCUGCAGCCCUGGAGGGGGCCUCAUUCCCCUGGGGAGUGGGUCUUGCUUCAGCUGAAGAGAAGGCUUGGGUACACUCUCACUAAAGGGCUUAUUUGUUACUUUUCUGCAAAAUUGUCUUCAAAGCAACAGGUCCUAGGAGCACACAGAGCAAUCCAAGGCUUCUGCCUGGAAACGCUCUCACCUAAAGAUACAGACCACGACUGAAGGUACCUUUUUAUUACUCCGUGGGGGAGAAUGUACAGAGCUCUAUGUAUACCUUUAUUCACACCCACCAAAUUGUUACUGCAGUGGGUGGUGUUUUCAUACAAACGUAAAUUUUGAGAGAAAAGUCAAAGGUGCUUCAGCCUUGUACUGUGUAUAUAUAUUAAAAAAAAGUUUUGUAUGUUUUUAUUACUUUAAUUAUUGUUAUAAAAAGCCUGCCAUUUUUAAUAUGUGGUUUGGGGGAUUUUGUUUUUCCUGUUUGGAGUUUUGUUUGUUUUGUUUUUUUUCUGGGCAAAAAAAAAAAAAAAAAAAUCCUUGCUUUUAGUGUUUGUACUGCUGCUGGUCAGGACAUUAAAAUAUUGACGUGUUUUUUAAAAAUUAAAAAAGAAGAAAAGUAAAAGAGCUUA